AUGUUUUACUUAGAAGAUGAUAGUGAAGAUGAGAAGGUUCAUGAGGAUUCAUUAAGUAAAACUGAAGAUGUUUACUAUGGAAAGGCCCCAGCUGGUAUCCUGUCUCAAACCAUGAAUUAUGUGGGACAGCUGGCCGGGCAGGUGAUUGUCACUGUGAAGGAGCUCUACAAGGGUAUUAACCAAGCCACCUUGUCCGGGUGCAUUGAUGUCAUUGUGGUGCGGCAGCAGGAUGGCACCUAUCAGUGUUCACCUUUUCAUGUUCGGUUUGGGAAGCUGGGAGUCCUGAGAUCCAAAGAGAAAGUGAUUGAUAUAGAAAUCAAUGGUGAUGCAGUGGAUCUUCAUAUGAAAUUGGGUGACAAUGGAGAAGCUUUCUUUGUGGAGGAGACUGAAGAAGAAUAUGAAAAACUUCCUGCUUACCUUGCCACUUCACCAAUUCCUACUGAAGAUCAAUUUUUUAAAGAUAUUGACUCCCUUUUGGUAAAAUCGGGUGGAAAUGAAAGACCAUCUCAGAGUUCCAACAUCUCACACAUCUUGGAAACAGAGACGGUUUUUACUCCAAGUUCUGUGAAAAAGAAAAAAAGGAGGAGAAAGAAAUGCAAACAGGAAAGUAAAAAGGAAGACCAGGCAGCUUCUCCUGCUGCAGAAGACACUGUGGAUCUGAGCUCUGAUGAUGACAAGGCGGCCCAGUCAGCAAGAGGAUCUUCAAAUGCUUCCUUAAAGGAAGAAGAAUAUAGGGAGCCUCUGCUCUUCCAUUCUGGAGAUCACUACCCCUUAUCUGAUGGAGAUUGGUCCCCUUUGGACAUCCCGUAUUCCUCAGCAGAAUGUCCGAAGAGUGAUUCGGAGCUGGAGGUGAAACCUGUGGAGAGCCUGCUCAGAUCCGAGUCCCACAUGGAAUGGACAUGGGGCGGGUUCCCAGAGUCCACCAAGGUCAGCAAAAGAGAGAAAUCUGACCAUCAUCCUAGGACAGCUACGAUUACUCCAUCAGAAAAUACUCAUUUUCGGGUAAUUCCCAGUGAGGACCACCUCAUAAAUGAAGUUGAGAAGAAUGCAUCCAUGGGAGAAACGGUCUGUACCAUAGUGAAACCCAAACCCAGAGCCUUGUGUAAGCAGAUGAGCGAUGCAACUUGCGCUGCAGAACUUGUUGAGCCUCAGAUUUCAUCUAUAUUAGAUGCAGACCACCUUCCUAACCCAUCGCUAGGGGAGGCUCACUCAGAAUCAAAACCAGCAGCGAAAGUAGACUCGCCAUCUAAGAAGAAAGGUGUCCACAAGAGAAGCCAACACCAGGGACCUGAUGAUAUUUACCUAGAUGACUUAAAGGUUCUAGAACCUGAAGUUGCAGCUCUCUAUUUCCCUAAAAGUGAAUCAGACCCUGGCUCCAGGCAGUGGCCCGAGUCUGACACGCUCUCUGGCUCCCAGUCCCCACAGUCUGUGGGAAGUGCGGCUGCCGAUAGUGGCACUGAGUGCCUCUCAGAUUCUGCCAUGGACUUGCCCGACGUCACCCUCUCCCUUUGUGGGGGCCUCAGUGAGAAUGGAGAAAUUUCUAAAGAAAAAUUCAUGGAGCAUAUUAUAACUUACCAUGAAUUUGCAGAAAACCCAGGACUUAUAGACAAUCCUAACCUUGUAAUACGGAUAUAUAACCGUUACUAUAACUGGGCUUUGGCUGCUCCGAUGAUCCUUAGCUUGCAAGUAUUCCAGAAGAGUUUGCCUAAGGCCACAGUCGAGUCCUGGGUCAAAGAUAAGAUGCCAAAGAAAUCUGGUCGCUGGUGGUUUUGGCGUAAGAGAGAAAGCAUGACCAAACAGCUGCCAGAGGCCAAGGAAGGGAAAUCCGAGAUGCCACCCACCAGUGACCUGCCAUCAAGCACGAAGGAGCCAGCCAGUAGCAGGCCAGCAGAGGAUGACUCAUCCAGCGACGAGGGGUCGCAGGAGCUUCACGAAGCUGUCAAAAUGGAGCCCAUCCCCACGGAGGCCCCGAGCCACAGCAGCACCACCUCCUAUAAGAAGUCUCUCCGCCUCUCCUCAGACCAGAUCGCAAAACUGAAGCUCCAAGAUGGUCCAAAUGAUGUCGUGUUUAGUAUUACAACCCAGUAUCAAGGCACCUGCCGCUGUGCAGGGACCAUUUACUUGUGGAACUGGAAUGACAAGAUCGUCAUUUCCGAUAUAGAUGGAACAAUAACCAAGUCUGAUGCUCUGGGACAGAUUCUUCCACAGCUGGGUAAAGACUGGACUCAUCAGGGUAUUGCAAAGCUCUACCAUGCCAUCAACGAGAAUGGCUACAAGUUUCUGUACUGCUCUGCUCGCGCCAUUGGCAUGGCCGACAUGACCCGUGGCUACCUGCACUGGGUCAACGACAAGGGCACGAUCUUGCCCCGGGGCCCUCUGAUGCUUUCCCCCAGCAGCUUGUUCUCUGCCUUCCACAGGGAAGUGAUAGAAAAGAAACCAGAGAAAUUCAAAAUUGAGUGUCUAAAUGAUAUCAAGAAUCUGUUUGCCCCAUGUAAGCAGCCCUUCUAUGCUGCCUUUGGAAACCGUCCGAAUGACGUUUACGCUUACAUACAAGUUGGAGUUCCAGACUGCAGAAUAUUCACUGUGAACCCCAAGGGUGAAUUAAUACAAGAAAGGACCAAAGGAAACAAGUCAUCGUAUCACAGACUGAGCGAGCUCGUGGAGCAUGUGUUCCCCCUGCUCAACAAGGAACAGAAUUCUGCCUUUCCGUGCCCAGAGUUCAGCUCCUUCUGCUACUGGCGGGACCCAAUCCCCAAAGUGGACCUGGACGACCUGGCCUGA